GGACUUUUGUGCAGGGUGAUGCCUGGGAGCUUGGGCUAGACUGCUAAGCCUAGAAAAAGAGGUUGCAGGUCCAAGUUUUGGGUUCACAACCACACCAUUCUCCCUUGACACUGUGCUCAGGCCCUGGGUGCUGACUGUGAGAGUCCAGGAUGCCCACUGAGCUGGAUCUUGGGUCCUGGAGAAAAAACUUCAAGGGUGCCCAUAAUUGUAAGCCUACAGGGAGUUGUAGUAUCUGAAAGGAGCAGUGUACACCAGCGCUAAGAGCGCAGGACCCAGACCCCCAGACUACCUGUGACACAAUGUAAACUGAGUUUACCAAUCUGUGGAACCUUUCCGGAUUCAUUCCCUCAUCAACAGUUAUUGAGCACUUACUUCAUGCUGGGCACUGUGGUAGGAGGAGGGGAUACAGCAGUGAAAAGGACAGAUCAGGAUAGUGACCUCACUGGCCUUCCAUUCCAGUGGGAAAGAUAGACAGUAAAUAUGUUAACAAAUGAAUAAGAUGAAGAGUGAAUUGUGAAAAAAUAUAGAAAUAAGAUAGAGAGUUAUGGGGGCAGAUACUUACAAAAUGGCAGGGAAUGGCUCUCCAGAGAGUACAGCAAGUGCAGAAGGUAGCAAUAAGCUUGGUUUGCUCAAAGAGAGAAAGGCCAGGCUGGCUGAAGCAUGGGGGCUAGGCAGGGAAUGGUAGGAGAUAAGUUGGAAGAGGUGGGCAGGGGCCAGAUCAUGGGUCUCUGUAACUGAGCGACAAAAUGAGACAGCAGGUAACUGGCAGCCAGUAUCAUUGCUGUUAUCCUUGAUAUAUGCCCUCUGGCUUGAGGAUCUACCUUAUGUCGAGCCCUGCAGGAGGACGAAGAGGUCCCAACAGGACAUCCUACUGUCGAAAUCCACUCUGUGAGCCAGGAUCCUCUGGGGGCUCAGGUGGGGGCCACACUUCCAGCGCAUCAGUCACCAGUGUCCGUUCCCGCACCAGGAGCAGUUCUGGGACGGGCCUCUCCAGCCCCCCACUGGCCACCCAGACGGUCGUGCCCCUGCAGCACUGCAAGAUCCCCGAGCUGCCAGUCCAGGCCAGCAUUCUGUUUGAGUUGCAGCUCUUCUUCUGCCAGCUCAUAGCCCUCUUCGUCCACUACAUCAACAUCUACAAGACAGUGUGGUGGUAUCCGCCCUCCCACCCGCCCUCCCACACCUCCCUGAAUUUCCACCUGAUCGACUUCAACUUGCUGAUGGUGACCACCAUUGUUCUGGGCCGCCGCUUCAUUGGGUCCAUCGUGAAGGAGGCUUCUCAGAGGGGGAAGGUCUCCCUCUUUCGCUCCAUCAUGCUGUUCCUCACCCGCUUCACCGUUCUCACGGCAACAGGCUGGAGUCUGUGCCGCUCCCUCAUCCACCUCUUCAGGACCUACUCCUUCCUGAACCUCCUGUUCCUCUGCUAUCCGUUUGGGAUGUACAUUCCGUUCCUGCAGCUGAACUGUGACCUCCGCAAGACAAACCUCUUCAGCCACAUGGCCUCCAUGGGUCCCCGGGAGGCGGUCAGUGGCCUGGCACGGAGCCGGGACUACCUGCUGACACUGCGGGAGACGUGGAAGCAGCACACGAGGCAGCUGUGCGGCCCGGACGCCAUGCCCACCCACGCCUGCUGCCUGUCGCCCAGCCUCAUCCGCAGUGAGGUGGAGUUCCUCAAGAUGGACUUCAACUGGCGCAUGAAGGAGGUGCUGGUCAGCUCCAUGCUGAGCGCCUAUUACGUGGCCUUUGUGCCUGUUUGGUUCGUGAAGAACACACAUUACUAUGACAAGCGCUGGUCCUGCGAGCUCUUCCUGCUGGUGUCCAUCAGCACCUCGGUGAUCCUCAUGCAGCACCUGCUGCCUGCCAGCUACUGCGACCUGCUGCAUAAGGCCGCUGCCCACCUGGGCUGCUGGCAGAAGGUGGACCCAGCACUGUGCUCCAAUGUACUGCAGCACCCGUGGACUGAAGAAUGCAUGUGGCCACAGGGCGUGCUGGUGAAGCACAGCAAGAACGUCUACAAAGCAGUGGGCCACUACAACGUGGCCAUCCCCUCCGACGUCUCCCACUUCCGGUUCCACUUCUUUUUCAGCAAACCCCUGCGGAUCCUCAACAUCCUUUUGCUGCUGGAGGGCGCUGUCAUCGUCUACCAGCUGUACUCCUUAAUGUCCUCUGAUAAGUGGCACCAGACCAUCUCACUGGCACUCAUCCUCUUCAGCAACUACUACGCCUUCUUCAAGCUGCUGCGAGACCGCCUGGUAUUGGGCAAGGCCUACUCGUACUCGGUCAACCCCCAGAGGGACCUAGACCACCGGUUCUCCUGAGCCCCAGGGCGACCCAGGGACAGCAUCCAGGCUUCAGCCAGGGGCUCCCUGGGAAUCGGCUGUUGGGGAGGGAUGGGUGGGGGGCAAAAAAAAAAACAAAAACAGACAAAAAAAAUCCACCAGAGCUUUGUAUUUUUGUUACAUACUGUUUUUCUUUGAUAAUUGUGUGAUUAUGAGGAGAAAAAAAAAGUCCUAUUUUUAUACUCCCAAUAA